AUGUCCACUGAAGCAGGACCCGCUGUAUUCGCCAAACAUUACGAAAGGCUGUACGGUGUACAGGCUCUGACAUAUCUAUAUAAUCUGAGAACGUUAUGUCUAAGCUCAGAGCCUGAGAGCCUGGCCUUCAGAAGCGAUCAAGGGGAACUUUUGCUGGGUAUCCACAGUCAUGUGUAUCAUAUUGACCUCUCCAAACUGCUGCCAAAUCCAUACCAACUAAAGAUAAUGUGCCUGGAACCCUCUGUUGUGGAUACCCAGCCUCAUAUUGCUGUAACCGAGGACGUUCUAUUAUCUCUCUCCAGUCACGAUAAGAGACGCCUCACAGAACCUCACUCAGCUUACAGCAGGAGAACUGUGGGUUCCAUCAGAAUAAAUGAGGAGACUAAGACAAGACACCUUCAGACUGGAGAACAGAGCCAGGAGUUUGCCCGGCUUAGUGCCAGAGAUCAGGAGCUUCAACUUCUCCAGGACGGGAUGUUGAAACCCAACAAAAAACGACAAAGCAACAAAAAUACUAAAAGAGAGGCCAUGAACAAAUACAUGCAACUGUUUUACAAAGAGAAACUCUGCGUCAAGAUACCAGAUGUGGAUUCAUUUAAUUCAGAUGCUGAGCAGAUGAUGACCAAUGUCCUGCAGGUAGAGGAUUCUGCAUUAGGUCGCUCUCUGUGCAGAGGAGGCUUCUUCCCAGAUGUGGCACCAAUAGCAUCUGCUGAAGCCCUGUCCAGGGAUAUUCAGGCUUUCCUCUCCUGUAGGUCCAUUCCAAACUCAGCUGUGGUUCAGCUAUUUUGGCCCUCUAAAAUGUUGGAGAAGCAGCAUGAAGUGGAACAUAGUUUAUGGAGAGACAUACUGGAACAUAUACCCCAUAUACCCCAGGGCACCGAUCAAGCACAAAAGAUCAUGUUGAAAGAGGAAAUAAAAUACAUUGAGGAUGUCAGAGACGAUGUGGAGGAGGAACAAGACGAAGAACUUAGAAAUGCAAUGGCCAUAUUGCAGAAGAUUACAGAAACAGAGAAAAUAUCUCCUCCCACAGAAGACACAAGUCGUGUGUUAUCCCCUCCUCUACCAGAGGUCAAACCUAAGAAUACAGAUCUCCCAAGACCUAAGAAAACAGUUCAUUCUCGGAUUCCGCUUCUUAAACCACUUCCACCUAAGAGUCCUAAGAAAACUGUUGUUAUCAAGGAGCCAGUAUUCGAUAAACCACCUGUGUCCCCUGUUCCAACACAAUUGGACAAACCACCUACCCCUUGCACCUACUCACCUGAGGUUCACACACCAGUCCAUGAAGAGCGGGAAGUGAUAUCUCCACCGUUGCCUUUCUUUGUCCAACAAUUCCAGGCCAAGGAUUGGUUCACCACCAUAUGCCCUGAAACAGAGGUACACAUGAUGAGUGAAGCUGGGUUUGAGUCUCGUCUCCUGCAAGGCGUUCUGUAUAGAGACCUCCCAAUGCGCAUAGAGGUUUUACAAGCCCUAAAGAUUUUGCACCAAUAUGGACAACUAAAGGACUCAAUGAAGACUUUCCAGACCCUUAUAACGGUGAUAAACCAAAGAAGCCUAAAUCUAAAGGUGUCUGAGGAUCGAGAAUUUGUCUUUUCCUGCCUGAGAUUUAUGAAUGAUAUGUUCAGAGGUCACAAGGACCUGGUGUUGGAGCUGCUGGUGACCUGUGUACUGGUCCAUCCUUCUCUCAGAGCUCCGUUGGUUAAUUUUCUCUGGGAUUUGGGCCUUCAAGACCCUCAUGGGUUUAUGUUAAAGGAAAUUAACACCUGGGACAGCUGGGAAGUGACAGAGAACCACAGAGAGUCCCUCAGAAAGAGUGUGGAGGAAUGGCUACAGAACUGGACUCUAAAGUUACAGAAUUUUGUGGCUGAAUCCCUGAGAUCAAUUACUCUGGGAGCUUAUGAUGAAGGAACUCGUGUAAAGCGUCACCAUAUGAAAGGAGCCGGGAGACUUAGGGAUAAACCUAAAAAGACACAAGAUCAAAGGUCCUCUGAUAUUGAUGUAAAUACAAUGGAGGUUUUAAAUUAUUUCUGUGAAGUUCAGCUGGAAAAAGAAAUGCAAGUGGCGCCUCCUCGGCAGGGUGGCACUGUGCUGGCACUACCCCCAAUAAACAGUAAACGAGCUUUAAUGAGAUUGGGGGAAACCAGCGCGCCAUUUAGACGCAAAUAUGAGGAUGAUGCUCAGCUACCCCCAAUUCUUCAGCCUCUGUUCCCAGAGAUCAUCCAUUUUAUUGAUUUGCCACUAAAGAAGAUCUCCCUCUAUCCCUUCUCACCCAUGCAAGAUGCUUCUGACUCACAGGAUAAUAUUAUGUCCCUGAACCAGGAGGUUCACAAAUACUUCAUACAACAGCGUUCCUUUACACAUAGCUACUACUGAGCUGCAAACAAAAUAACAAAAUUAGGCCUAACAUUAAUCCAAUCCAGGAAUAAAAUCAUCUGAGUCCCUCUGGUGGUCAGGGGCAACACAUCAUAUAUCUUAUUAUAAUACAAUCAAAAAUUUUAAAUAGCAAUAAUUAAUCAUUUAAAAAGAUGCUCAUACUCAAGGCAACAAAAUAAUGUAAUUACUAAAUGAGAAUCAUCAAUCUUUAUAUAAAACUGCCCCAGGAAAUCUCUCUAUUGAAGUGGCGCAGUAAAGGAAUUUUUUCUAAUGACACGGUGAGUCCACGGAUCAUCUAUUUACUAUUAGGAAUAUCACUCCUGCCUAGCAGGA